GUUGCUAGCAUACAUCUAUGGUUGCUAAUAGAUGCCUAAAAAUAGACAGCGAACGUCAUUCUCUUCCGUACGGUAGCGGUCAGGAUCAAUAACGUGGAGAGGGACGGAUACACAGCGAUCAGUAGGAUGAUGGCUAUAACGUCCAACUUUGUCACAAUGUGUUUGUAGUUGGCAACUUUAAUCACUGCUCAUUUUGUAUUUUCGUCAUUACAAUUGGUUAAAGUUGGAAUUACUCAACUUGAGUGUACUAAGAGUUGUCUGGUUCGGUGCUGUGAGUCUAUUUAGGCUGUUUCGCUCCGACUGCAGUUGUGAUCUUCUUCGGCACUUUCACUAAAAUGACUGAACGUGUUUGACAUCUAACUGAGUUGGGGCUGUCACUUCAGUAACUACGUGGCACAAGACCGACUAACUGUUACCAAUCGACACACGUGGAAGCUGUGCUGGACUGGACCGCUUGCUCUCUAUGCAGUUUCAUACAAUUUGAUGUUAACACAAUGAAGAUGAGGACCAUUAUCCUGCAGCCCCUGCUGCUACUCAUGAUCAUGCAACACACUGCAUCUGCAUCCAAAGGCGUCACUGCAAGUCUUAAAGCCAAGUGGCAUGCGACUCCUUACCUUUUGGAGACAAGUGAGUUUAUUGGAGAGGAUGGCAAUGAGAAAUUCUGGCAAUUUGUCGACACUGUGAAAGAGCUCACCGCUUACAAGCAAGGAGAUUCUCUCCGCACAUACUACAACCUUAUCAUUAAAAAAGCCAACCAGUUUCUCACGGGUCUUCAAGUGAACUUGUUGAAAUUCGCUCUUUCGCUGCGUUUCUACUUGCCAGCUGUUCACGCCUUCCAGCAGAUAGCCAGCGAUGAACCGCCACCUGAGGCUUGUUCAGCUUUUGUCUCCAUUCACGGCCAACAUAGUUGCAGUCCAAAGAGCAUCAAGAAGCUUCUGAAGGCAGCUGCAGGCAGGCCCCAUCCGUAUUUGUACAAGAAUGAUCACAUAUAUCCCGGGGCUAAUAAAACAGACGUCCCAGUCGUGAUCCUGUAUGCUGAGAUCGGUACCAAGGAAUUCACCACCUUUCAUACCGUGCUAUCAGAGAAGGCCGACGGGGGCGCUCUCGCGUAUGUGCUGCGGCAUUUUGUGGCGGCUCCAAAGCAACAGAAGAUCCUUUUAUCGGGCUACGGCGUGGAGUUGGCGAUAAAAAGCACAGAGUAUAAAGCAGUGGACGACACCCAAGUCAAUGACACAAAGACAAUCAUACAGGAGGAGGAAGAUGAUAAUGAUGAAAUCCAAGGAUUUUCUUUUGGAACAUUGAAGAAAUCCUAUCCUGAACUCAAGGAGCAACUUGGCGAACUUCGCAAACAUCUACUUGAUAGUACCAACGAUAUGGCCCCUCUCAAAGUGUGGGAGCUGCAAGAUCUCAGCUUCCAAGCGGCUGCCAGAGUGCUGUCUGCAACAAAGUUUGACGCUUUGAAGGUCAUGCGAGACCUCAGUCAAAAUUUUCCACGCAAGGCAAGAUCACUGACAAGAGUGGCUGUAAAGCACGAGAUGAGAAAAGAAAUUGAGGAGAACCAAAAGCAUCUGAGUGAGACUAUUGGUGUUCACCCAGGAGACAGUGAGCUCUUCAUAAAUGGUCUGCAUAUUGAUCUGGAUGUUCACGACCCUUUUAGCAUUUUGGAGAUCCUCAGAGGCGAGGCCAAGGUCUUGGAAGGUCUACACAGCCUGGGUGUAAAAGUAGAGCGUCAGGGCACGCUGCUGAGAUUGCCUGUGGACCAUGCGGCAGACAACUAUGCCUUAAAUAUCAGACAUCCAGCUAUAAUGUGGCUGAACGACAUUGAGAAGGACCCGAUGUACAGCAGCUGGCCAGCGGGAUUCCAGGAGCUGCUGAGAACCACUUUUCCAGGAGUCAUCCGACAAAUCAGACGCAAUUUCUUCAACCUGGUUCUGUUCCUCGAUCCGGUUGAGGCGAAAAGUGUCGAGCUGGUGAAACUUGCCGGGCUGUUCUACAAACACAAGAUCCCCCUGAGAAUUGGAUAUGUGUUUGUUGUCAACGCCCAAGAUGAGAUUGAUGGCUUCGCGGAUGCGGGGGUUGGCUUUUACCGACUCCUGAAUUACAUCGCGGACGAGUAUGAUUUAUCCCAGGCCCUGAUAUCCAUGGCCUCGUUGUACAACCGAGUCAAGGACGGGGACACAUUGACGACUGACACAAUCACUGCUUUCCUGAAGAGCAAAUUCCCUAAAGCCAGCGCUGAAAGGAUUCUAGGUGCUAAAUCGGAGUAUGAUGAAGGAAGGAAGGACGGCACCCUCUUUUACAGAAAGAGUGGCCUCGGUGCCCUUCCGCUGGCGUUAUUUAACGGCGUCCCCCUGAGCCCAGUUGAGAUGGAACCGGAUGAACUGGAGAGCGUCAUCCUGCAACACAUAAUGGACUCCACCAGCGCCUUCCAGAAAGCUGUUUUCAUGGGUCACUUGACUGAGGGAACAGAUGUGAUGGAUUAUCUCAUGGAGCAAGCCAAUGUGGUACCCAGAAUGAAUCCACUCAUUCUAAGUACAGAGCGGAAGUACUUAGACUUCACUUCUUCUCCAGUUGUAAGUGACUGGGAUGAUGCAACAAUGUUUUCAUUCCUGGACUCCAGAGACAGGACUGCUGUGAUGGCUAAGAGAAUGAAAUACCUGACUAACAAUGAUGAGGACGGCAUGAGCGCCGUGACCAUGUGGAUUGUCGGAGAUUUCCAGAAACCCUCGGGAAGAAAACUGCUGCACGCUGCUCUUAAACAUUUGAAAACCAGCCCCGGAGUGCGUGUGGGGGUGAUGGAUAAUCCCGGCGAAAGGCCCAACGAAGAUAACACGGCCGUGUACCGGGCUAUCUGGGCUUCACUCCUCACCCAAAAGAAUAAAGCUGCAGCUGAGUUUGUGCAAAAACUUGCAAGCGAGGAAAGUCACCAACUACUCCAGCAGGGGACCAAGAUGAAGGACUUGCUGCUGCAGGGCAUGGACACAGACGCCUUUGAGAAGAAGUUCAACACACUACAAAUAGAUUUUGUCCGCAGUCAACGGCUCUUCUGCCGGGAUGUCCUAAAACUGAGUCCGGGACAGAGGGCAGUCAUCAGCAAUGGCAGGAUCCUCGGACCACUCGAGGAGCACCAGGAAUUCACUGCAGAGGAUUUCCAAUUGCUGGAAAAGAUUACACGGAGCAGCUCUGCCGAGAAAGUCAAAGCCCAAGUUAAACUGAUGGGGAUGAAGCCAAAGCAUGCCAGCGACCUGGUCAUGAAGGUUGACGCGUUGUUGGCCGCAGCCCCCAAGAGAGAGCUCCGAAGGGAUGUCAACUUUCUCAAAGAGAGCCACAGCGUGUUGCAGCUCUCACCCCGUGAAAACGAAGUGUUCUAUGAUGUGGUGGCCAUCGUUGACCCACUCACCAGGGCAGCGCAGAAGAUGUCCCCCCUGCUGAUUGUGCUCAGUCAAGUGGUCAACUUAAGGCUGCGGUUGUUCACCAACUGCCGGGCCAAGUUGUCCGAGUUGCCCCUCAAGAGCUUUUACUCUUAUGUAUUGGAGUCUGAUGUCACCUUUUUGGCCAACGACUCAGCAUCUCCCGGUCCGGUGGCCCGCUUCACUGAGCUUCCCGAAUCUCCACUUCUCACCCUUAAUAUGAUCACACCCGAGGGAUGGAUGGUGCAGGCCCUCCGUAGCCCCCAUGACUUGGAUAACAUCCACCUUCAGGAGGUGAGCGGGAUCGUGACGGCAGAGUAUGAGCUGGAGCACCUCUUGCUCGAGGGUCACUGUUUCGACCUGUCGACCGGCCAGCCUCCCCGCGGACUACAGUUCACACUGGGCAUGAGUCGAGACCCUCUCAUGUAUGACACCAUCGUCAUGGCUAACCUGGGCUAUUUCCAACUGAAAGCCAAUCCUGGCGCCUGGCUGCUCAGACUGCGUAAAGGACGAUCGGAGGACAUCUAUCAGAUUCUGUCGCACGAUGGAACCGAUUCCCCAGGAGAUGACGGUGACGUUGUUGUCUUGCUGAAUAGUUUCCACAGUAAGAUUAUUAAAGUCAGGGUGCAGAAAAAGGCAGACAAGAUGAACGAGGAUCUUCUAAGUGAAACAAGCGAAAGCAAAGGCUUGUGGGACUCCAUAGCAAGCAUCGCAGGUGGAAGCCCCAAGAAGGAUGCUGGCGAAAAGAAGAAGGAGGAUGUUCUAAACAUAUUUUCAGUGGCCUCCGGUCAUCUGUACGAGCGCUUUCUGCGGAUCAUGAUGCUGUCCGUUCUCCGCCAUACCAAAACGCCUGUCAAGUUCUGGUUCCUCAAGAAUUAUCUCUCCCCUUCAUUCAAGGAGACCAUCUCCCACAUGGCAGACUCCUAUGGAUUCCAGUAUGAACUUGUUCAGUACAAGUGGCCACGCUGGCUCCACCAGCAGACCGAGAAGCAACGCAUCAUCUGGGGCUAUAAGAUCCUCUUCCUGGAUGUCCUCUUCCCCCUGGCUGUGGAUAAGAUCAUUUUUGUGGACGCCGAUCAAAUCGUUCGAGCAGAUCUAAAGGAGUUGCGAGAUCUGGACCUGGAGGGCGCUCCUUAUGGUUACACACCUUUUUGUGACAGCCGUACAGAGAUGGACGGCUAUCGAUUUUGGAAAAGCGGCUACUGGGCGUCACAUCUGGGACACAGGAAGUACCACAUCAGCGCGCUCUAUGUGGUCGAUUUGAAGAAGUUCCGCAAGGUUGCGGCUGGCGACAGACUGCGAGGACAGUACCAAGCUCUGAGCCAGGACCCAAAUAGUUUGUCAAACUUGGACCAGGACCUUCCCAACAACAUGAUUCAUCAGGUGGCCAUCAAGUCUCUCCCUCAGGAGUGGCUGUGGUGUGAGACGUGGUGUAAUGACGCCUCCAAAGUGGCAGCCAAGACCAUCGACCUGUGCAAUAAUCCCAAAACCAAAGAGCCCAAACUGACGGCAGCGGCGAGAAUCGUGCCCGAGUGGGUCGACUAUGACAAUGAAAUCAAGCAAUUGCUCAAGGGAAUCCAACAGCGGGAAAAUGUCAAGACGUCUAAACUGACGCGGUCGCAACAAAACGGAGGCCACAAGCGUGAUGAACUUUAGCAAACAGAUCAAGAGAGACACCUGACGAUUGCACGCUCACUGGCGAUGUUAUUUGGGAUUUGCCACGUGUGCUGCAGCAGUCAAUUAGCUCCAUCCACAACUGACGUGUUCAAAUAACCAAGAGGGACGUUGCUCCUGGCACACUUGGAAGCAUGAAGUAGAGUGAAGGAAAGGUAGGAAAUCAGGAUUGUGUUGGAAUACAUUGCACAGAAAUCCUGUCUAAUUAUUUAUCAUAAGAUUGUUUUUUUGUUUGUUUUUUUUAUUUAAUGCUGGAACAUGCUUGUCCAUUCAUCCGCAAUCAAACCGUCCGGUAUAUUGACCAUCAUAGUUCUUACAAAGUAUGGCAUCAGAAAACCACGACAAGAAAAAGAAGGAAAGUUAUGAGUAAUGUUGGCGAAUGCAUAUUUUUGAUUGACAUUUUCUGCAUGUUACGAGAAACAAAACAUCUAACAAACAAAACAAGUAUGAGAAGUAGUCUGUUUUCCAAAGGAAAAAAAACACACAAAAUAAACCUUUACAUUUUUUUAAUAUAAUUCUUUAUUUAGAAUGAAUCUUCAUACUUUCCCGUUUGCUAUUCAACACUAAAAAGUCCUUUCUAGUUGUUGCUUAGCAACAGCCCCUGCACAUAAAGAAUUUUAAAAGAUAUAGAUAUUGAUACCAAGGCACAUUGGUGUUUGUCCUUAACAUGCUUUUUAUCAUCUUUCCCUUAAUAAGUGGCUAGUUGGGAGUUUUUUUUAUGCAGUCCUUUAGAAGGACGCGUCUAUUCGAGAGGAGGCCUUUAUUUGUAGAUUUUUGUGUGGAUUUUUCGACAGUUGUUACUUAACGGUGGGAUCGCCAGCCAAUCACAGCGCUCAUGUCAAAGCAAAGCCAGUAUGUGCAAAACUAGCUCGCAUAAAAGAACUUGACAGGGUUACUGGUUUAUCAUGUUCAGUGUGUACUUUUCUAACUUAUUACGUUGCAUCUUUGUUACAUAUUGUCAUCUUGCUAAAAUAAUGGCCCAAGUCAUUUCAUCAGAAAACAAAACAGCCAAAUACGGAUAUUCAUUUCAUUUCAGAGGUACAAUUGUAUGAUCUCUUCAGGAUCAAGAGGCAAAAAAAAAGAAAAAUCUGAAUGCCGUUAUUUCAGAAGGUUUUGUUACUCAGUAUUAUGCUCUCAGGAAUGAAUAAUGUUUUUCAGCUUGGCCAAAGUCUUAAAUAAAACUGCAAGUGGUCCACA